UCUAGAGACACGUAGCACGUGACAUUGUUGUGUGUUCCAGCGAACCGCUGCGGUGUGUAUUCAUCACAAGGUGUGUGUGCGGCGACGUGACACAUAAAUGAGCUAACCUAAGCUCUAGGACAGGAGCUAACCGAAGGACAGGAGCUAAUCUAAGCUGUAACAUCAGGAGCUAAUCUAAUUUGUAACAACAAGAGCUAAUCUAAUUUGUAACAAUAGGAGCUAAUCUAAGCUCUAACAACAGGAGCUAAGCUAAGCUCUAACCACAGGAGCUAACCUAAACUGUAACAACUGGAGCUAACCUAAUAUCUAAGGACUUGAGCUAACAUAAGCUGUAACAUCAGGAGCUAAUCUAAGCUGUAACAACAGGAGCUAACCUAAGCUCUAAGGACAGGAGCUAAUUUAAGCUCCAACAACUGAAACCAGUUGUGUAAAAAUGCCAUCUUCAGCAGAUGAAAUGGACAAGCAGGAGUGGAUCUCUCGGCCUAUGAAAAACUGUUUAGUAUUAUCUAUAUCCUUCAGUUUUGUCUACACCGCCUACCUUGCAAUACAAAAUCUUCAGAGUAGCUUAAAUCAGGAAGCAAAUCUGGGAGUGACAUCACUGUCUGUACUGUACGGAACCAUCAUCAUAUUUGGCACUCAGGCUCCCAUCUUCAUCAAACUUCUUGGUGCUAAGCGUGUCUUCCUCCUGGCAUGGCUCAUACACAUCAUCUACACAGCCACCAAUUUCUAUCCUACCUUUGCUACACUCAUUCCUUCAUCAGCUCUCCUUGGCGCCAUAGCAGGCCCGAUGUGGACAUCUCAGGGCAUGUACAUCACUGCAGCAGGUGAGAAAUAUGCUGCCCUCAAAGCUUCAGGCUCUGACUUGGCUCUACACUCUGUACUGAGCAAGUUUAAUGGAAUCUUUUUUAUGUUUUAUGAAAUGACGCAGAUAACAGGCAACAUGAUCUCAUCCUUUGUCUUAUCAACUAGCACCUACAACGAUACCUCUGACAUUGACAAUAAAUUUUGUGGACCAAAUGAUUGUCCAAAUAGUUUCAACAAUGGCAGCUCUGGCACUAUAGCUGAGCCUGAAAGACAUGUUGUGUACAUCUUACUCAGUGUCUUCCUAGUGUGCAAUGUGUGUGGACUGUUGCUCACACUGUUUUGUCUGCCUCAGCACACUGAGAUCCGUAAAGAUGCUUCAUCAGUCCUCACUGAUAUGGCCAGUUGUUUUCGGAUGGCUGUUGACAAGAGGAUGCUCCUGUUGCUGCCCUUGUUUAUGGCACAAGCCAUGGCAGUCGGUGUGCUCUAUGCUGAUUACACUAAGUCUUACAUUAGCUGUGCAAUUGGUGUCCGAUGGGUGGGGUACAUCAUGACCUCCUAUGGAAUAUGCACAGCAAUCUUUGCGGUAGGAAUCAACUCAAUGGCAGGACCUGUGGGACGUAUUGUCCUUUUCACUGUGGCUGUUCUAAUUGACACGGGUACUCUCAUUGGAAUGCUGCUGUGGGAACCCAAGAAUGAAGGUGUUGUGGUGUAUUUCCUAAUCCCAGCCAUUUCAGGAAUUUCAGAAGGAAUCAUGCAAGCACAAUUUAAUACCCUUGUUGCUCAGGUAUUUAAAGAAAACAUUCCGCCGGCUUUUGCAACCUAUCACACCUCAAAGGCCACUUCAUUCACUCUAACCUUUGCCCUGUCCAGCUUUGUGUGUUUGGAGAAACGACUUUACAUUUCAAUUAUUCUCUACUUAGUAGGGUUGGCUGGGUAUAUCCUCUCAGAAUUUUGCUUUAGAAAACAACAGUCUUUUAUUUUUAGCACUCAUGAGGAAGAAGGACCGGAGGCUUACAGAAGUCAGAAGAAGCUAGAAACUGAUUUUUCAUCCUAGAUCUGAGUUUUAUCUUUACUUUUUACUAUUAAACAGGGUAUAAUGCUUUAUUUAUUUUUUAUUGGCAACUAGCCUACUCAUUGAGAAGUUGUUGCGAUCUCAGAAGAAAGACUGACGCAAUAUUUAUAUAGGAUUUUGUCAAUGCUUUACCAAUAAAUAUUGAGAGCCCUUCCACACUCCUCACACCUUGGCAGUGUUCUAACUCACUCUUGUGGAGUGAUUAACGUACACUGAAGGCUUGUGAGUUUUUUAUCAGAUGUAACAGGCAUUUGUUAUUGUAGCAACAGCAGUAGCAGGUAUAGAAAGAAACUUAGAUCAUGUAUCUAAUAAUACAUUAUUGGUAACAAUUGAAUGUUAUCAUAACCAGUGUCCUUGAAUUUCUUUUCUUCUGAGAUAUCAGCAACCCGCAGAACAUUGUAUAUAUAUAUAUAUAUAUAUAUAUAUAUAUAUAUAUAUAUAUAUAUAUAUAUAUAUAUAUAUAUAUGUGUGUGUGUGUGUGUGUGUAUAUACAGCUGUUUUUCUUCUCACAAAUAUUUUAAUUUGUUUUUGAUAUAAUGGAAGCCUUAGGUGUAUAUUAAUAGAGCUAAAUUUUGUUUUGUAUGAAACCAUUAGCUAAUCUUCAUGAUUUAAAAAUGCUGCAUAUAAACAUGAUAAUACAGUUUUGUUUCAAUGAUUUUCAUUAGUGUAAGACUAAAUGAAACUGCAACUAGCAGGUAAGGGGUCAUCCCUUUAUGACGUCCAUAAAAAAAUUUUAAACGUCAAAGUAUACAUUUUUUUUUUAAAUUAAGGAUUUUUCCCAAUUCCAACCAAAAACACAUGCAAAGCA